AUGGCUAACGAAACUACUAAUUUUCCGAAUGAAGUUGAUGAAUCCAAAGAUUUCUGGGACGUUAAAGUUCGUGUCAUAAGGAAAUGGUCGCAAAGAUGGAGAAUUGAUCUGAUCGUCAUUGACGAGAAUGGUAACAAGAUGCAAGUUCUUCUGAAGGGAAAGCUCAUGCCUACACUUGAUCCCAUACUUCAGAAAGAUGCUAUUCUUCUUUUUAAGAAAUUAGGAGUUGGUGCACAAGAUGACAAGUUUCCUGUUGUGGAUCUACCCAGGAAACUGAUCUUUUACAAAGUUACUGAAGUUCUACCUUCUUUUGGUUGGAGAGGACACCCUUAUGGUUUUCAGUUCAAAAAUCUUGAAGAGAUAAGUCCGCAAUUGAUGCAGCAAGUGUUGACAGUUGAUGUCAUUGGAAGCAUAUCUUGGUGUGGAAAUAUGGACAUAUACAGGUCUAAUACAGGGAAGGAAACUAAGAGGCUUAACUUGGACCUUCAGAAUUUGAAUGCUACUGUUGUCAAAUGCACUCUUUGGGGUGACUAUGUUGUUCAAGCCUCCAACUAUGUUGCUAACCAUGCUCGUAAUAUGGAGCAUGUUAUUAUGAUUCUUCAACAUUGCAAGAUUAAGAUAUGGACUGAUUUUAUUACUAUUCAAAAUGACAUGUUUGGUACACGUAUUUUCCUUGAUGAUGACAAUGAUGACAUUAACCAAUUUAGAAGAAGGAAUGGUGGUAAUGGUAAUUCUAAAAGUUUGUUGACUACCCAGACAAAUUAUCCGAUGCGUAAUGAGUUUAUUGUCAAUGGUAACCGAAAAUCUGUGGAAGAGGUCAGAGAAAUCGAACUUGUGCCUGGUAUAAAUUAUGAUCCAAAGAAGGUCAAGACUAAAGUUGAAUAUAUGAAAGAUGUUGAGAACAUAACUCCAGAACUUGAGAAUGCUCCUCUUGAAAGUUUGUGGUGUCCCAAAUGUUUGAAACAAGCGCUUUCUGUCAUCCCAAAGUUCCGAGUCCAAUUUCGUGUGCAAGAACCAACUGGUUCUAUUUCAUUCCUUAUGUUUGACUUAGAUGUGUGUCGUCUUUUAGGCCUAUCAGCAACCAAUAUUCGUGAUAGGCAACUUAAAUCUGUGGAUGAAAACAGUUUUCCUCAUGAGUUUGAUAGUCUUUUAGAAAGGCAAUUGGCUUUCAAGAUUGUUGUUACUGACUAUAAUAUCCGUCAGAAGUACUAUGUUUACACUGUGAAUAAAUUCUGUGAGGAUCCGGAAAUCAUUGCUGAGAUGCUUGGUGAAGAGGAUGAUAUUACUCCCGAACCUGAAAAUGUUGAGCCCAAUUGUGUGAAGCUAUCAGAGUCUUCACAAGGUGGAGUUGAUUCUAAGGAUGUUGCAUCUGUUACUGGAGAAUGUUUGGUGGUCGACGUUGAGAAGGAUUCUGCUACCAGUCCAGUCGCGAAACGUCCCAUUAAGGCUGUUAUUGACUCCAUUGUUGCUGAAGAGCCGUCUUCCAACAAGAGGCUCCGCAAGAAACUUGAACCAUAUGAUGUUUAA